AUGUUCAUAUCACUGCCAUCGGUCAAGUUUCUGGACAUCAUUAGCUACAUCAGCCACUGGACCAGUUAUGACAAACGGGUGAAAACGUACAAUGCCCUGCUCUCCAAAGCGUGGUUCCCCUAUGAGUGUUUUGACACAGCCGAAAAGUUGGACUUCUUAGGGCUGCUGCAGCAAGAAGAGUGGAUCUCCAAGCUGAAAAAUUCGAUGACUCUCACCAAAAGAGUACAGGGAUUGCAGCUAAUCUGCUGGGUAAAAGGGAUACAAAAUUUUGCGGACUUGUUGCACUUUUACAGCAAUCUGGAUUUGGAGCCUUUCCUUGAAGCUUUGGAGACAACGCAAGAUUUCUAUACGGGGUGGGAAAUAGAUCUCUUCAAAGACAGGGUUUCGCUGCUGGGGGUCUCGAUGAAAUAUCUCCUGCAUAGCACGCUGAACAAACGAAAUGCCCCCGGAGUUGUAUGCCGCAGGGAAGGUAGCUUAUGAAAUGCUUCAAGGCGCCGUUGUCGGGCGGCCAAGCCUGGCCUUUUAUAGAAAGCAUGAGGCAGGCAAAACAAGAAUCCAUUCGCACAAAUUCCAAGAUGCGGAGGUGUGUCAAAAAGUUUUGGGCUACGAUGCCAAUGCAUUGUAUCUAAGCACAAUG